AUGGCUGCUCCCGCUGCUACCGCUGAGAUCAAGGAGGUCGGCUACAGCCGCAACGGCUUCGACUCGCGCAUCGACACCGACACUCUUCGUAGCCUCUACCUCGCCCCUGCUUUCGUCAAGGAGGGUGACAAGGUCGACAACACUGUCCCUACCCCCCACAAGGACUACGGCACCGAGUCGACCUACGACAAGGAGUCGAACAAGAUCCAGUACACCACUUUUGCCAAGUUCCCCCCCGUCCGUCUCCUCCCCAAUGCCGAGCGCAAGCGCAUCCUCGUCACUGGUGGUGCCGGUUUCGUCGGCUCGCACCUUGUCGACCGCCUGAUGCUCCUCGGCCACGAGGUCACUGUCCUUGACAACUUCUUCACCGGUUCGCGUACCACCGUCUCGCACUGGGUCGGCCACCCCAACUUUGAGAUGGCCCGCCACGACGUUGUCGAGCCCUUCAUGAUCGAGGUCGACCAGAUCUACCACCUUGCGUGCCCCGCCUCGCCCCCCCACUACCAGUACAACGCUGUCAAGACCAUCAAGACUUCGUUCAUGGGUACCCUUAACAUGCUCGGUCUUGCCAAGCGUACCAAGGCCCGUUUCCUCAUCACCUCGACCUCGGAGGUCUACGGUGACCCCGAGGAGCACCCCCAGCGCGAGGACUACUGGGGCCACGUCAACUGCAUUGGCCCCCGUGCGUGCUACGACGAGGGCAAGCGCGUCGCCGAGACCCUCACCUACGGCUACAUGCGCCAGGACGGUGUCGACGUUCGUGUCGCCCGUAUCUUCAACACUUUCGGCCCCCGCAUGAACCCUUACGACGGCCGUGUUGUCUCCAACUUUAUCAUCCAGGCCCUCAAGGGCGAGGACAUGACCGUGUACGGUGACGGCCAGCAGACCCGUUCGUUCCAGUACGUCCACGACCUCAUUGACGGCCUCAUCCUCCUCAUGAACGGCGAGGAGACCCGUCCCGUCAACAUUGGCUCGUCGCACGAGUUCACCAUCAUGGAGUUUGCCGAGGCCGUCCGUGACGUCGUCGAGGAGGUCCAGAAGGAGUACGGCCUCCCCGUCAAGCGCGUCGGCAUUGUCCACAAGGACAUGCCCACCGACGACCCCCAGCGUCGCCGUGCCGACACCACCCGCGCCAAGGAGCAGCUCGAGUGGCAGCCCCGCUGGGCCGUCCGCCAGGGUGUCAAGGAGAUGGUCCUCUACUACAAGCAGGCCAUGGACCUCGGCAAGAUCUAA